GGUCAGGUCUGGCUGUGCUCUCUGUUGUUUUAUGGGAGUCGGCUUCCUCCAGAUGUUUGACAACUGCUGCCUUUACAGGAGUUGGGGUCCUGUCUGCUCUCAGUGAUGUCAGCCCCAUAGAGUUAAUAGCCCAAGUAGCAGCAACAUGGCUGCUGAUGACAAAUCCUCGUCGUCUUCCUCAGCCGAGUGGAACAUUGAGCCGCCUGCCUCCUCUCCCGCCAGCCCCUCCCACCUAACCCACUUCAAACCGCUCACUCCGGAGCAGGAUGAGCCUCCGCUCCGCCCUAUUUACAGCUCUCUAGUCAACCUGUUUCGCUUCAGCAGCAAAGAAGAGGGCCGUCCUGCUGCCAUGGUUUCAGAGAAGCCGGACGGCCUGCCCCCCCGCCGGCAGUCAGAGAGGCGGAGCCUGUCCUCCAGUCCUUCCCAUUCCGUCUACAACUCCAGGACACACCGGAAGCAGCAUCCUGACAGCCUCAGGCGCACGUCCACCGUCUCUGCAGUGGAUUGGCCAGAUGGCAGCAGGAAGUCGGAUGCGUCUCUGAGCAGCCACGAUCCUCGCACUGCUGUACAGCUGCGCACCGCACUGCAGAGGCUGAAGGAAAUCAUGGAGGGAAAGAGUCAGGACAGCGAUCUGAAGCAGUACUGGAUGCCUGACAGCCAGUGUAAGGAGUGCUACGACUGCAAUGAGAAGUUCACCACCUUCCGCCGCAGACACCACUGCAGGCUGUGUGGACAGAUCUUCUGCAGCCGCUGCUGCAACCAGGAGAUCCCCGGAAAGUUCAUGGGCUACACAGGAGACCUCCGGGCUUGCACUUACUGUCGGAAGCUAGCGCUGAGCUACGCUCACUCGGCUGACUCUAGCUCCAUCGGCGAGGAGCUCAGCGCCUUGUCAGACUCGCCCUGCUCUGUGUGCGUGUUGGAGCCCAGCGAGCCGCGGACGCCGGUCGGAGGCCGCAAAGCCAGCAGGAACAUCUUCCUGGAGGAAGACCUGACCUGGCAGAGAAAAACUCCCAUUGGGAUGAGAAAGAACAUGAUUCACCAGGAGCCUCAGAACAGCAGCCUCGCCUCGAGACUGUCCACUCUGCAGGAGGAUGUGGGGAAGUCACCAGCGAGGAAGAGGUCUGCCAGUGUGACCAACCUCUCCCUGGACCGCUCUGGAUCCACUCUGGUCUCCACCUACGACAGUUCAGUCAGUCCACCGACCAGCCGAGCCCUGUCAGGGACCAAGAGCGGCACCAAACUGGACCACAGCGAGGAGGAGAGGAAGAUCCUGCUGGAUUCGUCGCAGCUGAAGGAGUUGUGGAAGAAAAUCUGCCAUAACAACACAGGGAUGGAGUUCCAGGACCACAGAUACUGGCUGAGGACUUACCCCAACUGCAUUGUGGGAAAGGAGCUUGUUAACUGGCUGCUCAGGAACGGCACCAUCUCCACCAGGGCGCAGGCUAUCGCCAUAGGCCAGGCAUUGGUGGACGGUCGCUGGCUAGACUGUGUCACUCACCAUGACCAGCUGUUCAGGGAUGAGUACGCUCUCUACCGCCCCCUGCAGAGCACCGAGUUCUCUGAGACACCCUCUCCAGACAGCGACAGCAUCAACUCCAUCGAGGGACAGUCGGAGCCGUCCUGGUUCAAAGACAUCAAGUUUGACGACAGUGACACAGAACAGCUGGCUUACGAGUCCGACUACACAGUGCCAAACUCCGCCAGCCCCAGCAAGAGGACGUCGGUUAGCAGCUUCCACUCAGCGGUGGACAGCGACUCCGCCGCCUCCAUCAACCUCAACAUGGAGCAGAACAAUGUGAACUUUCACAUUAAGAAGCAGUCCAAGUAUCCACAUGUGCCUCCGCCUGCAGACCAAAAAGCAGAAUUUCUUGUUUCGGAGGACGGAGGACAGAACAUCACCAUCAGUGAUGCUUUCAUCAAAGAGUCUCUCUUUAACCGUCGUGUGGAAGAGAAGGCCAAAGAGAUGCUGUUCACUCCGCUGGGAUGGCACCACAGCUCUCUGGAUCAGCUGAGGGAGGAGAAUGGAGAAAAGAUGGCCAUGGAGAGGCUGCUCUCAGCCAACCACAGCCACAUGAUGGCGCUGCUGCAGCAGCUGCUCUACAGCGAGUCCCUGUCUCUGUCCUGGAGGGACAUCAUCGUUCCCGUGGUCCGGCAGGUGGUCCAGACGGUUAGGCCCGACGUCCGUAACUGUGACGACGACAUGGACAUCCGGCAGCUGGUGCACAUCAAGAAGAUACCAGGAGGCAGGAAGUUUGACUCCAUGAUGGUCAACGGCUUCAUGUGCACCAAGAACAUCGCCCACAAGAAGAUGAACUCCUACAUUAAGAACCCCAAGAUUCUGCUGCUGAAGUGUUCCAUCGAGUACCUGUACAGAGAAGAGACCAAGUUCACCUGCAUCGAGCCCAUCGUGCUGCAGGAACGUGAGUUUCUGAAAAACUAUGUGCAGCGCAUCGUAGAUGUCCGUCCCAACCUGGUGCUGGUGGAGAAGACUGUGUCGCGCAUAGCUCAGGACAUGCUGCUGGAGCACGGCAUCACGCUGGUCAUCAACGUCAAACCGAAAGUCUUGGACAGAGUGAGUCGAAUGACCCAAGGUGACCUGGUGAUGUCUAUGGACCAGCUGCUCACCAAACCGCGUCUGGGAACCUGCCACAAGUUCUACAUGCAGCCCUUCACUUUGCCCAACAAUGAGAUGAAGACUCUGAUGUUCUUCGACGGCUGCCCUCCUCAUCUGGGCUGCUCCAUCAAGCUGCGCGGCGCGUCGGACUACGAGCUCGCCAGAGUGAAAGACAUCAUCACGCUGAUGGUGUGCGUGGCGUACCACUCGCAGCUGGAGAUCUCCUUCCUCAUGGACGAGUUUGCCAUGCCACCCAGCCUGCCCCAGAGCAGCUCCUUCCCAUGCCUGCUAGAGGGUUCCGCUGCAGACGAGGAGAUGGAGGGAGACAGUAUGGAGAAAACGGCGGUGAGCGACAACUCCACCCUGGAAGGACAAUCAGAAGAAGCCCCUCUUUUAGAGUCCUCCACUAAAAAUGAAGACGCAGACGUUUCUGUGCAAGAGGAGGCUGAAAAAGCAGAAACUAGGACGUCGUCUCCGUGCUCCAGUCCUGCUCCGCCUCCUUUCGCCGUCAGUUCUCAGUUCUUCGCCGAGGAGGAACAGGAAAUGGGCUUGGACACCUUGUUGGGAACUUCUGAGGGAGAGACUGUGAUGGAAGAGUCGGUGGGACUGGAGGAUGAACAGCGCUUAGAGACCCCCACCCCAAAGUUAUUCAGAGACCCUCUGCAGGACGACACAGGGAUGUUCGUGGCGGAACAUGUGGAUUCUUCCGACGACCGGCUGAAGUCCAUCUCCGCCGUGUUUAAGCACGAGCUGAAGGACAUCAUCCUGUGCAUCUCCCCCUUCAUCACCUUCAAAGAGCCGUUCCUUCUCACUCCUGUGGGGAUGCACUGCCCCAGCAGGGAUUACUUCCCUGAGGAGGUCUACUUGUCUCCUCUCCUCAAUAAGGACCUGAAGGAGCUGGACGGACGCCGAAAACGUCAGCUGCUCAAAGAUUCUGCUCCCUCCUCUCUGCUCAGCGCUCAAACCAACGGCACCGCUCAGCCAAAACCCACGGAGGUCCUACCGUCUCACGGGCUCACCAGCACCCGCAUCGUGGACCACCUGAGCAGCAGCCAGGACCUCGCUAGAAUGUUGGCGGACUUCAGAGCGAAAGGAGGGCGAAUCCGGCAGAAACAAACAGGCGACCCGUUUGGCCCUGCGGCUGCAGGCAGCAACCAGAACCGGGGAGCAGACAUGCCGGUGAAGGUGCUGGGGAAGGCUGGCAGCGAGGAGGAGAAAACGGGCAAACACAGCGACAUGAACUGGACUCCAAAGCUGGACUGUUUGAACCCGACCAACCACCAGAGGCUCUGUGUGCUCUUCAGCAGCUCUUCCCUUCAGUCCAACAAUGCACCCAACCCCUGCGUCAGCCCGUGGAUUGUCACCAUGGAGUUUUAUGGCAAGAACGACCUGUCGCUGGGCGUGUUUCUGGAGCGGUACUGUUUCAGGCCGUCCUAUCAGUGCCCCAGCAUUUUCUGCGAGACUCCCAUGGUGCAUCACGUCCGCCGCUUCGUGCACGGCAACGGCUGCGUGCAGAUUGUGUUGAAGGAGCUGGAUUCCCCCGUUCCUGGUUAUCAGCACACAAUUCUCAACUACUCGUGGUGCCGCAUCUGCAAGCAGGUGACUCCAGUGGUGCCUCUUUCCAACGACUCGUGGUCCAUGUCCUUCGCCAAAUACUUGGAGCUUCGCUUCUACGGCCAUCAGUACACCAGACGGGCGAACGCCGAGCCCUGCGGACAUUCCAUCCACAAAGACUACCACCAGUACUUCUCCUACAACCAGAUGGUGGCGUCCUUUAGCUACACCUCUGUUAGACUGCUGGAGAUCUGCCUUCCUCGUCCCAAGAUCUUCAUCAGGAACCUGGGUCCCUCCAAAGCCAACCUGCAGCAGGACCUGAAGGACUUCUACCAGAAUGUGGCUCAGGUCUACCAGGCCAUCGAAGAACGACUCACUUCCCUGAAGACCGACACGUUCAGUAAGACCCGGGAGGAGAAGAUGGAGGACCUCUUUGCCCAGAAAGAUAUGGAGGAGGCAGAGCUGCGCAGCUGGAUCGACAAGCUUCAGGUGCGGCUGCAGUCCUGCAGCCUGGACUCUCCUCAGCAGCUGCAGGCCAUCCUGGAAUCCCUGGUGGUGAAGAAACAGAGUCUGUGUGAGAUGCUGCAGUCCUGGAACAGCAGACUUCAGGAUCUGUUCCAGCAGGAGAAAGGCAGGAAGCGUCUGUCUGUCCCCCCGAGUCCAGGGAGACUCAGACCCAACACUGCAGAGGAGGCUAAGGGCGCCCUGGACUCCUCGCCUCGGAACCCCUCUCCUGUCGUCCAGAACGGGGAGAAAGAGGACCGCCACCUCUGCCCGCUCCCCUCAACCAGCUCCACCAUGCUGCCGUCACCUGGAGACCCUGGAGCCGAUUCCUCUGCAACCGGACCCAGUUUCAGUGAACAGGACUCUGUCAGCAUCCCAGAAGAUGUGUUUGACGGCCACCUGCUGGGCUCCACCGACAGCCAGGUGAAGGAGAAAUCUACCAUGAAAGCCAUCCUCGCCAACUUCCUGCCAGGCAACAGCUACAACUCCAUCCCUGUCCCGUUCGAUCCAGAUAAACACUACCUGAUGUACGAACACGAGCGGGUGCCCAUCGCAGUCUGUGAGCGUGAGCCGAGCUCCAUCAUCGCCUUCGCUCUCAGUUGCAAAGAGUACAAAACGGCGCUGGAUGAGCUGUCCAAGGCGUCGACUGCAGCCGGAGACGACGUUCCACAGCAGGCUGGCAGUGCAGAGAGUCGGGUGAGGAGCAGCCCUGCGAGGCCCAGCGAUUCUCUUUCAUCUCAGCAGAGUCGCAGCAGCACCGACGGCGAGCCGCUCAAGGAUGCUGAUUCAGCAGAUAAGCAGAAGAAACAGACCGUAAAUCCGCACAUCGAGCUCCAGUUCUCUGACGCCAACGCCAAGUUCUACUGUCGGAUCUACUACGCCCAGGAGUUCCACAGGAUGCGUGAUGAGAUCAUGGAGAGCAGCGAGGAGGACUUUGUCCGCUCGCUGUCCCACUGCGUGAACUGGCAAGCCCGGGGAGGGAAGUCUGGAGCAGUUUUCUACGCUACCGAAGACGACCGUUUCAUCCUGAAGCAGAUGCCCAGGCUGGAGGUCCAGUCCUUCCUGGACUUUGCUCCGCACUACUUCACCUACAUCACCGGAGCUGUUCAGCAGAAGCGGCCGACGGCCCUGGCCAAGAUCCUGGGGGUUUACCGGAUCGGAUACAAGAACUCCCAGAACAAUACGGAGAAGAAACUGGACCUGCUGGUCAUGGAGAACCUCUUCUACGGCCGUAAAAUGGCUCAGGUGUUUGACCUGAAGGGCUCGCUGAGGAACCGGAACGUGAAGACCGACUCUGGGAAGGAGAGCUGUGAGGUGGUUCUGCUGGACGAGAACCUCCUGAAGCUGAUCCACGACAACCCGCUCUACAUCCGCUCCCACUGCAAGGCCAUCCUGAAAGCCGCCAUUCACAGCGACGCCUACUUCCUGUCCAGCCACCUCAUCAUUGACUACUCCCUGCUGGUGGGGCGAGACGACGCCACCGACCAGCUGGUGGUGGGGAUCAUCGAUUACAUCAGAACGUUCACCUGGGACAAGAAGCUGGAGAUGGUCGUUAAAUCCACUGGAAUUCUGGGAGGUCAAGGGAAGAUGCCCACCGUUGUUUCUCCUGAACUGUACAGAGCGCGCUUCUGUGAGGCCAUGGAUAAAUACUUCCUGAUGGUACCGGAUCACUGGACUGGCUUGGGUAUCAACUGCUGAACCAGGCUCUCCAUCCACAGACGCCUGCUUCAGUAGAAUUCCACAGUAUUCAUCGGUUUUUACAUUCCUGGAUGCACUGCAGCGACCCUCAGCUUCCCAGAGAGGCUCUGGUUUUAUAUUUGGUUCCAUUUCUCCAGUGGAUCUGCAGAAACAUUCAGUCAUUUAGUUUUAGUAUGCUGAACAAACUGCUUCCUGUAAUUUAAUGUUUGUACAUGUACAGAGAUUAUGUGACUAAUAAAAGAUUAUUAACACCGAGAGCUA